AUGGGUCCUAAACCGCGGCAGACGAUUCCACGCCCUGUUGCUGCAUCAUCUUCCGCAGCUGUGCCUGCUGUUGGUGUUGGUGGUGGGACUGUUCGGGUUCGACGAUGGGUAUACAAACGGGCGUCGUUGGUGUUGUUGUUGCUGCUGCAGGGGGGAUGUUUGGUGCUUGGAUUUGUGCUGCUUACCGAGCCGUGUCUGAAUGCGCAGUAUAAAAACUCGCUUUGGGAUAAGCGCAACUACCUCUCACUUUUGGCGAGGGAUGAUGUUGGCAAGGAGAGGUUUUUGGCAGCGGGGGUCAAGAGUUUAUUCGGGACACUGGUGAUUCAGGCCUGGUUUACCGCUAGACUCAACGCAUAUACACAAGGUGCGACUCACCAUCACCAGCAACUGGUGGAAGGCUUGAAGGGCGACAAGGAGAAAGUCAGAGUCGAGUUCCAAGUGCCAAGUUUCAUCCGGCAGUUGGAGGCAGUCUCAGCAUCCCUUCUCUUGUCUUUACCUUUGACUGCAUUGGCCAUAUAUGCCCUACUGCUCGUUGGUGGGGCAUCGUUAACGUCUCAUUGGAAAGAAUCGGCAACACUAGCAACCCAUCUAGCCCUACUCCUCCUCCCACCCAUCCACAUCGCCGCUCCAAAUCCAGGCUUUGUACAAAAACUCCUCGCGGCAAACCCGUCUCCUUCGUUCCUAUGGCCCCUCUUCUACCCGCCCCUCUUCAGCAUCGCGACAACCCUACUAGCAACGGCAACCCUCGCGCUCGACUCCGAUAGCCCCUGGCAAACCUACCCGUUCCCACUCAUCGUCGCAGGUAUCGCAGGCAUCGCUGUGGGAAACGUCUACACCAUCGCACUCAUCCUCUUCACCUAA